AUGGCUGAACACAUGUUUUUCACAAGGCCAUGUGCUUAUUCAAAACUUGAGUCAGUAAAUCUUAUGAAAAGAGUUAUUGAUGGAAUUAUCUGCACAAGGCCAUCAAUAACUCUUAUUCAAAACUUGGGUUUGAAGACCUACCUGCUAGUGUCAAUGUUGGUUAUUUUAGUAUUGCCUCAAUUCCCUCCGCCUCACACAUGUGAACAAAAACAUAAGUUGAUGUUUGACAACCCACUCAGGGUGUUGCCCAACAAGAUAAGUAUCACUCUGCUGUUAUCGUGCCUACUCACAGUGAAUGAGGAUUCACUGUUAAAGUGGGUUAAAAGUUUCCUCAGGUUUAUGAUAAGUAAUGACAGAGAACACGUGAUCACCAACCACGUGAGAUCAAAUCAGAUAGUGACAGACGAAUCGUACUAA